AUGGUUGAGGGUGGCAGACGGGGAGACUUUGGGCAUGAGUUGGUGUUGAGAUUGAAGAAACCUUCUUUCUCCUAUUUUGAUCCCACUCGUGUCACUCAGCUGUCAUGGCAUCCUAGGUCUUUCAUUUAUAAGGGAUUUCUGGCUGAUGAAGAGUGCGACCACCUUAUGAAACUUGCUAGGGAUAAGCUGGAGAAAUCAAUGGUGGCAGAUAACGAGUCUCGUAAGAGUGUAAUGAGCGAGGUCCGAACGAGCUCGGGCAUGUUUCUUCACAAAGCUCAGGAUGAUAUUAUGAAUAUG